AUGCUGGUAACGGAGCUUUCCGCACAACCAUGGUUCGGCACUUGGGCCUACAGCUGUCUGGCUGCGGGAGGAGAUGUGCCGGUCAAAGGAAAGGGUGAUGCAGGCAAAGCCAAGGGCAUGGAUGCUGGUUACAAGGGUGGAGCUAUGGGCGGCUACAACGGCUACAAGGGUGGUGGUUGUGCAUAUGGGUACGCCACCGAUGCUUAUCAAAAGGGCAAAGGCAAAAGAGACUCCUUUGAUGGCGGCUUUUCAGGCAAAGGUGGAAGAGAUUAUCCUACACACGGAACUGGAGCUGCAGCAACGCAGGAGAACAUAGACAUGCUAUCGACAGCUGUUUCGGCCAUGCCUCCCAGUCUGGCUAGCGCCGGCGACAGAUCGCAGGUCCUGCAAUUCAAUUGUGCAGCAAGUUACGUCAGCGCGCUUAUCGGCAAGGCUGGUAUGGGCACAAAGCAAAUUGCGAUUACAACGGAUACGAAGAUCAUGAUUCGGGAAAUCGAUGGCAACCAAGCCGAAAAGACCGUCGUGAUAAAGGGAAACGCGGUCAACGUUGCAUCAGCAUACCUGCACGUUGCCAGCCGACUCUCGAACAUCGCGCAGCUUGUCAUAAGUGUUGGAAGUGUUGCCACGCGACACGCGUGCCUGUGCGCUUUGCCCCGGACGAUUGAAAGCCCUCACGGCCAGUACUUCGAAGCAAUCACUGGGCCAAGAACCAUUCGCAAGCGAUUGCAUCAGGCCCGGUCAACGCGUCAAUGCGACAUUCUGGCUGGUACGGACACAGCUACGGAUGCUCGAACCUGCACCAGACUGAUAGUCGAGUGCCGUCGCACGAGACGCUGGCAGAGUGCGAUUAGAUUGCUGCAGGCCGUGCUGAACCGUGAGCUGGAAACAUCUGUUCACGUACAUAGUGCGAUCGUGAGCGCAUGUGAGCAUGCUACAUGGUGGCAUCACGCUCUUCGACAUUUCGUCUCAACACGCAGGGCUCAGGAGCUGCAGCUUGACGCCAUCAUCUUCAGCGCGGCCAUUUCUGCCUGCGGGAAGGGUUCUUUGUGGCUAUCGGCACUAGCAAUGUUGGCAUCGAUGACGAAGCAGCAUCUCCUGGCCAACCAGGUGACCUAUGGUGCCCUCGCCGCAGCCUGCGCAAAUGCGGCAACCUGGAGAGCAGCCAUUGCCAUCCUGCAGCAUGGUUUACAGCAAGAUCAGACAGGCCUCAUCAUCAGCAGUUCUGUGCUGAGUGCCUGCGAGAAGUCCACGGCGUGGCUGGCAGCUGUUAGCCUGAUCCGGUCACUUGCGGCCAGCACUCGGCUAGACAUGAUUGCUUUCAGUGCUGUAAUUUCAUGCACUGAAAAAGCUGGACGAUGGCUCGAAGCUGUGAACAGCUUGUCCAGGUUGUUGUUGACCGGUAUUUCUCCGGGCGUUGUAACGCUGAAUGCCUUGGUCAGCGCCUGCAAGUGGAAUGGUCAAUGGGAGCGGGCUUUGGUGAAGCUCACUUUUCUGAGAAGGCUGCUUCAGCCAGAUGUCGUGAGCUACACAGCCGCCACAGUAGCGUGUGGUGCAAGCGGCAAGUGGCUAGAUGCCAUGCUGCUGUGGGCAGCCAUGCGGUCUGGUGGAGUGAUCCCGAACAUAAUCAUGCGCAAUUCGUUGAUCAGUGUAUGCGAAGAGUCUGGGCAGUGGGAAAUGGCAUUGGAUGUGAUCGAGCAGAAAACGCCGCGUCGGGCCUACACGACUGUAACCAUCAACUCGGGCAUCAGCGCUUGCACCCGAGGAAUUCGGUGGAAUCAAGCUCUGCAUCUUUUUGGAUCCCUCUUGCAGCCACAACAGCAACUGCAGCCAACACUUGUAAGCUUCAACUCGGUGCUCGACGCCUGCCGUGCCCGUGGGUGGCUUGAAGUUCUUGCGAUCAUGGGCAUCCUGCGGAGGCGCUCGUUGCUGCCAGAUGCUCUCUCUCUAAACGUGGCAGCUGCGGCUCUGGAGCAGCAAGCUUGCUGGGUCGGUGCAUCAAUGCUUCUGGCAGAAGCGCAGAACCGGGAUGAUCGGCUGUUGGGCCCAGAGGCGGCAACCGUGAGUGCAGCCGUUGAUGCUUGCGAGAGGCACGGGUGCACAUUUCGGGCCGCAGGAUUGCUCCGUGAAGUGGGAUGCAGCACACCGAGCAAUCUGAGAGAUAUAAUGCACGCGGCGCAAAAGAACAUGUCCGUGCAUUUGCAGAAAUGA